AUGAAUGAAAUGUGCAUUGAAAUGAUGCACAGAAUAUUGAAUAAAAUGAAUACAGAAAUCCUUUAUGUUUUACAUGCUAUCACUGGUGAAACAUCGUUCGAUGAUGGAAUGACUGAAGAUUGUGAUGUUAGUGCUGAAGCAUAUGAGUAUUCGAAGGGAUUUGUCAUCGCGAUAAGCGAAUUUAAGAUUUCGGGUGUUCGGGGGGUUGUCGUGCCAAAAUCAACUCCAACACCAAGCAUUGGUGGUGUUGAUAGCGACAUGUUGCAAUUGUACAUUUUGUUCACUCUCUCACAUCGUAAAAUCAGGUUUUGCAUGAGCUUCACAGAAAUAUUUAUCGAUGUGAUGCUAAAAAUAGGGUGCGACCUAACUGGAGGACACAAAUUUUCCGCUUACAACUUUGUGAAUACAAUGAAAAGUACUCAAUCAAGUGUCAGUUUGAAAAGCUCGCGAAACUGCUCAGGAUAUCAAUUUAACAAAAGUCCUAAGAAUCAUUAUAACAACAACAACAUAAAAAAAAGUUUGAUAUUUUGGGAAAAUUUACUUGUACACAAUGGUUUAUAA